UGGCCACAGGGGCCGGGAGCGGGGAGCCGUGGCGUGGAGGUGUCCUCGCGCCCGCAGCCGCGAUCCGGAGCUGUGUGGUCUCAGGCAAGCGAGCCGACCCCAUCGGGAACCAGGGCGGAACGGAGCGGCGGGAGCAGGAUGGCAGAGGCCGUCGGAGCCGUGGCACUGAUUGCGGCCCCGGCCCGCUGGCGCUGGCUGUGGUCGGUGCUCGCCGCGAUGCUCGGGCUGUUGACAGCUAGAAUAUCAGCCUUGGAGGUACAUACUCCUAAAGAAAUCUUUGUGGUGAACGGGACACAAGGGAAGCUGACAUGCACGUUCGACUCUCCUAAUACAACUGGAUGGUUGACCACGGUCUCCUGGAGCUUCCAGCCAGACGGCACUGACAGCGCAGUGUCGUUUUUCCACUACUCACAAGGACAAGUGUACAUUGGGGAUUAUCCACCAUUUAAAGACCGAGUCACCUGGGCUGGGGACCUUGACAAGAAAGAUGCAUCAAUCAAUAUAGAAAAUAUUCAGGCUGUUCACAAUGGCACCUAUAUCUGCGAUGUCAAAAAUCCUCCCGACAUUGUUGUGCGGCCUGGGCACAUUAGGCUCCACGUGGUGGAAAUAGACAACCUGUUGGUGUUCCUGGUUUGGGUGGUGGUGGGCACUGUCACUGCUGUGGUCCUUGGCCUCACUCUACUCAUCAGCUUGGUCCUGGUCGUCCUCUACAGAAGGAAACAUUCAAAGCGGGAUUAUACUGGCUGCAGUACCUCAGAGCGUUUGUCACCAGUUAAGCAGGCUCCACGGAAGUGUCCCUCCGACACAGAGGGUCUAGUAAAAAGUCCGCCUUCCGCCGGAUCUCACCAGGGCCCAGUCAUAUACGCACAGUUAGACCACUCUGGCGGACAUCACAGUGGCAAGAUUAAUAAGUCAGAGUCUGUUGUAUAUGCGGACAUCCGGAAAGACUAAGAGAACACUGCAAACAUUUCUUAAGCAAGAAACAAAUCCAAAGUGGACUCUUGUGCAGAUAAUGUCCAUAACCGCGUGUGGCCUUGAGGACUCAGGCAAGGACAAGCACAUGUAUACUCAGAGAAGAAAAUGUGUAUAAAGGAUGUGUAUAUUCUAUUUAAUCUUCCUGAUGUGAGAGGCCAGCGUUGCAUGAUGAAAUGGUAUGAGCCUACGUGUGUGUAAAUUGUCUUGCUGUUUCUGUAUAUUCUUUCAGAGUCAUUUCUAGCUGGAAAGUUUCAGAAACAUCCUGUCGUCCCAUGCGUGAUAUGGUUUGCCUUAAUGAAGACUCUGCAGAACUGUUAGUCCUUCAACAGACGUGGCCCUUUCAUCUAAGGGCUCAACCAGUCUAAGCAUUUCUUGUAGUUAGAGACUGAGCGUUCAGUGGAAGUGUGUCUCUCGAAGUAUCAGGACCAUUCACUCUGUGCUCGUGCUAGCUGAUAGACACUGUCCAUCAACCGUGCCACCUGAGGACAGUUUGACAAGGUUUUGUUGAUGCUUUUCUAAAAUAUGAGGGAAUGUUGAACUUGAGAUCAUCCUCAUCACUGUCUUAUUAGCUAAGAUCUCACUGGGUUCUUGUCAGCAUGCAGACAGCUGGCUGUGGUGGUUAAAAGGGUACAAAUUACAGAGCCCCAGCAUGACGUUAACAUGUGAAAGUCUUCAGAGGAAGCCAGCAUCUUCCUUUCUCCUCCUCUUAGAGAUUCUAUGAAUGAACCACACAUUCUAGAUACCUCCUGACACCUCUUUACCGGCUCCUUGUGGUGCUGAGAUGGUGUAUAUGGUGCUAGUUCUCUGUGGGCUUUGUUCAAAUGACACCUCUUCUUAAGGGCGUUCUAAAUCUGGCUCUAUGACCUCCCUGCCCAGUCAGAACCAAAUCCUCUGUUGGCCCAAGCCAGCCUUCUCCCCUAGGCAGAAACAGUUAGCUGCCAGCAUCCUGGACUGAGCCUGCAGCCUGGUUCCAGCUGCUUGCUGGACAAUGUGCAGACCUCAUGGCCUGACUCCACACACCACCUCCUUUGGAGUAUCCGGUCUCUUUCCUGCAACUCCGAGUUCUGGGCCUGGCUACAGAUAACAGUGAGGUCACAUCCAGAUGGCAGACCUGUGCUUCCUGUGUCUUCUACCAGAAGAGUGCAUGCGAAUGGAUAAGAGACAGCUAAAAGGGAUGGUUUUUAAAAUUCCUGUCUGUAUUUUUCUCAUGGAAAUGUAUCCAGCUAGGAGAGAUACCAAGUUCAUUGUUACUUUUUGAUAUUUUCAUUUGUACUUCUGUGAAUAUUUUAAUACAUCUUUUUCAAUUUCUGA